AUGUUUUCGACGCGCGUGACAUCCGCGGCUCGCCAUGUCUGCCGUGCCGGUAUGGCAGCCCGCAACGGCCCCGUGAUGCGUGGUUUCGCGUCCAAGACUGCUCCCAGAGCUUCUCCCGAAAAGCCACCAGCUGAGAAGGUCUCAACUCCCCAGAAGCCGGCUGCCGCCGCAAAGGCUGCGGAGAAGGCCACCACCACUUCGGCAUCAACUCCUGAGAAAACGCCGGCCCCAGCAGCAUCCUCCGAGCAGACAGCUUCUGCCCCUGCUGAGAAGACCGCUGCUUCUCCUAACCAAGAUAAGGCUGCGCCCGCCGCCGCCGCAGCUAGUCCCGAGAAGGCCUCCUCCGAGAAGCCCACUCCGGUGAAGGCUGCUCCCGUGGUUCCCCCUUCCCGCAGCCACAAGGUUGUCGUAGUUGGUGGCGGCAGUGCUGGUCUGGCAAUUAGUCACCAACUCCUCAACACCGGAAAGUUCUCUCAGGAUGACAUCGCCGUCGUUGAUCCUGCUACGUGUCAUCACUACCAGCCCGGAUGGACUCUUGUUGGCGGUGGCGUCAAGAACAAGGAGGACUUGAAGCGUCCUCUCGAGAGCUUGGUUGACCCGAAGCUCAAGCUCUACCAGCAGAGCGUCAGCACGUUCAACCCGGAAGAGAACACCAUUGAGCUGGGCAAUGGCGAUAAGCUGGAAUAUGAGCAGCUUGUUGUGGCUCCUGGUAUCAAGAUUGAUUAUGGAAGCAUUAAGGGUCUUCCCGAGGCCCUUGCCAACCCCAACUCGCUUGUCUCGACCAUAUAUGGCUACGAAACUUGCGACAAAGUGUUCCGCACUAUUCAGAGACUUGAAAAGGGCAAUGCCAUCUUCACGCAGCCUGCCGGUGUUAUUAAGUGCGCCGGUGCCCCGCAGAAGGUCAUGUGGCUUGCUUUGGAUUUCUGGAAGCGUGCCGGCCUGUACGAUCCCAGCAACACUGCAUCGCCGAUCAAAAUUAGCUUUGCCACCGGUAUCCCUGCCAUGUUCGGUGUUCCAAAGUACAGCGCCAAGCUCGAAGAAUUGAGGAAGGAGAGAGGAGUCGAGGGCCUUUUCCAGCAUGACCUGGUUGCCGUUGAUGGCAACACUGCGGUAUUUGCUCGCCCUGAUGGAAACCAAAUUACCAAGCCGUUUGACCUGUUGCACGUGGUGCCCAAGAUGGGCCCCCAUGCUUUCGUCAAGAACAGCCCUCUGGCCGAUGCGGCUGGUUUCGUUGAAGUCGACCAAGCUACUACCCGCCACACUAAGUACCACAAUGUCUGGUCGGCUGGUGAUGCCUCCAGCAUGCCCACGUCCAAGACUGCGGCAGCGGUUACGUCGCAGGCCCCCGUUCUGGUGAGCAACCUGUUGCGAGCUAUUGAGGGCAAGGAACCUGAGCUCAAGUACGAUGGCUACACGUCGUGCCCGCUCACUACUGAGUAUGGCAAGGUCCUGCUGGCCGAGUUCAAGUAUGGUGGAGUGCCCAAGGAGACCUUCGGCGACUUGAUUGGUUUUGAUCAGGCAGUGCCUCGCCGUGCCUUCUACUACUUGAAGAGGGACUUCUUCCCAUGGGUUUACUACAACAACAUGGUUAAGGGUACCUGGGCCGGUCCUAGUGGUUGGUUGAACUAG